AUGUCUCACGUUGAUAAAUCUUUUAAAAACUGGCUCAAGAAAGUAACCCUUCCAACUCGGAAAAUAGUCACCUCUACAACCCCAAAUACUGGUAGAGUAUUUAGUGUUCAUCUUGAAGUAUCCAUUCGAUAUGCCCAAUCAACCAUUAGCUAUCAUGACACAGCACGUUCGGACCAACCCCAACUUGGUGCAAUUCCUAUAAUAGUAGCCAGAUGUGGUGCAUUUCUGAAACAAAAUGCCCUUUCUACUGUGGGUAUCUUUAGACUCUCGGGAAGCUCUAGGCGAAUACAAGUUCUUCAAGACAUUUUCGAUAAAUCAAGCACCUCUUAUGGUGUCCACAUUGACUGGCAUGGAUUUACAGUACACGAUGUUGCAACACUCCUCAGAAGAUACCUCAACCAUUUACCCAACCCAGUCAUUACACACGAAUUUUAUCAGCCAUUUUGUGAUAUAAUGCACAAUCGAACUUACACAACAACCAAUCAACGAAUCAUCGCAUUUCGAUCUCUGAUCCAUAAAUUGCCUCUGGCUCACCAACACCUCUUGCUCUAUCUACUCGACAUGCUCAAUGUCUUUGCACAGAACUCAUGUGUCAACCGAAUGGACGCUUCUAAUCUUGCGGCCAUGUUUUGCCCUGCUAUUCUUAGUCACCCGUCUCAAAAUACACCAAUCAGCUACGUUGUUUCCCAAAGAGUAAUCGAGUUCUUAAUCGAGUUCCACUCGUUGUUUGGUAUGCAAACCAUCUCACGUCGUAAAUCAUCUCGGUCCCGCCAAUCGUCAUCAUCGGCCUUUGGGCGCAUAAUAACCGUAUCAAACGGCAAAUGUCCAUCAAAUACGGUACCUGCUCUUCGGAGACGUCGUCCUGCCACUCUCGAAAUCAACUUGAUCCGAACUCCAAUGUACUCGCCCGAAAGUCUUGGAGACGACCAAUUUAAUAUUGGAACAAAUAUACCCACACGCGACACAAAAGAGCAAGAAGAAGAAGAAGAAGAAGAGAGAGGAGGGUUGAUAACUCCAAGAGUUAGUGGAGACUAUGAUAGGGGUAAUAGUCACGUCAGAGAUGAUGAAAAUGGUCAAAAGAAGACUGUGUAUAAAUUGCAUGAUGCACCGGUUACUAUACUACCGUCAUCUACAGAAACCAAACCCACAAGACCAGUUUCAUUAAACAGAGAGACUAUUCAAUUGUGCGAUGCGAUUGGCAGUGGGAUGAGCAACAUUGACACAAAACUACCCGAUCCAAAGUAUAAAAACGGCCUCACUAUUGAUACAAAUCUCAAAGAAACAAGCAAUUUUGAAAUCCUGGCAUUAACAAAUACAAAUACGAAAAUUGUAUUUGAUCCCUCAGACAAAGUGCUGAGUCAAAGUACGACUAGUGUAGGCACAGAUACAGUGGUUGAAACGUCAAUAGGAAGCUCUACAGAUCUAUCGCUUGAUGUAUUGACGGACGAGAUAUCGAUUGAAGAUACCGACAGUAUACUAGAAAUGUCUCUAAAAGAGAACCUAGCGCGAGAGGAACAGCUGAUGCAAGACGAGGAGGUGAUGUUCCAGUGGCGAGAUUUGUUGACUCGCUCCUGGAAGACAGAUGAAAGUACUCCCAAGAUUCCCCUGACUACCUCCUCAUCGGUUUGUUCCAAGCGAACAGACUAUUUUGGCCACGCGUCAUUACCAGACGAUGAUAGAUCUGGGUCUCAUACCUCGACUCCAAGCAGGUUUCUUGAAGAAGAAGAAGAAGAUGAUGAUGAUGAUGACGAUGACGAUGAUGAUGAAGAGGAAGAGGAAGAAGAGGGAAAUCUUGAGAAUAAAUCUGAAAUGAAACAUACUGCAAAGCAAUUUUCUUGUGAAGCUACCUGGAAUACAGACACACAACAGAAUCAACCACAUUUUCAACGUAUUUGUCAAGAGGCAUUGUUACCCAUGAAUAUUAAAGGCCAAAGUAAUAGUAAUAGACGCUUGAUACAAAUCCGUAAAAUGAGAUUGGUACUCUAUUCCUGGCUACUCUAUUAUGUGCUAUGGCUCUGCAUGACUCUGUUUCAUAACAAUGGUUGUCAUUGCGCACCGAUUAUUGUUAUUAUUAUAUUGGUUAGUUCUAGACUUCCAAAGCCAAAUAAGAUCUACGAAUUGAAAUUGCAUGUAUGCCUGUGCAAGCGCAGAGAUCUUCCAUUUCAACCACUCCAGUUUGUAACAGUUCAAACACAGAAGCAGGUCUUACACUUUCAAGGCCUUUGGUUCAUGAUUUGCUUCUUAACUGCACUUGGCAUUUACGGUGCACAAGCAGCACGGCCAUGUAAAGCAAUUCAAAAGGGAUAUGUCUCUAACGUCUAUCUACUUAUCUAUUUAUCUAUUCUGUACUAA